AUUACGCGCAAAGAAGACGCCAAAAGUCAGGACAACAAAAGGCGGAUUUAUCAUUUUGUUCUUUAGAGUGAAAUAGAUUAAGCACUUCUUGAGAAAAAAUGGAUCGUUAACAGUGUCCUGUAAGGUAAAGUGAUGAUAUUUUUUUCACUUGUCUCUUAGGAGUAGAGAAAGCUUUAAACUUAUGAGGUCGGGUUAUCUUAAUGAACUGUACUCUUGAAGGUUUCGAUGGUAACCAUGCAUCCAUAUAAAUUCAAAUUAGAGACCUCACGUUUUUCUUCUCACGGACAUUCCUCUUCAAAAAGUCGCCUAAACUCGACGGUAUGCCUACGAUUGUUUGAAAACCUACAAAAACCGGCCGGCGAAUACCCCUGCGUCAUUUUCGGACGUGAAAUUCGAAACUUCUGUAUGUUUCCAAAUCUUGAAGCUUCGCACGCCAUUUUGAUCAAGAAGUGAUUAUAUUUCCCCUAGCCAAUUAACUUUUAAUCGUUGACUUCCCAUUUGAAAGAUAACAUUUCUCAUCACUCUGAUGCCUUAAAGUUCUAGUGAUUGCACUGAAUGCACAAAACUGUCAAUAAUUAUGUUAUUGCCUCGUGCUUCACCAGCUUUAUGUUUUGCCUUGUGUCUUUCUUUUCUUUAGCAUUACAGCAUUAAUUGCUUCGUAGAAAGUUGACAUUCUUUUUUCGUUAUAACUACAAGAUGGGUUCAUUGCCGACUUUGAAUAUUUUUAGUUCACUCUCCACGAAUGACAAACCAAACUACUCGAAAAAUCGGAAGGAAAAUUAGUGCGUAGUUUGUGUAAACAUUUAUAUACGCACCUACUUGUAUCGUUCGAUCGAAAUUUGGGGAAUUUAAAGUUUUAUCUCUUGCUGAAAUUAUUGAUUUCGAUGGUAAUUUACUUGAGGUGGUCUGCCUUUUUGAAGUUUGAAUUUGCACACGAGAAUUAUUACAAAAGCUUUCCCGACGCCGAAUCAUGGCUCUUUAUAUAUCGACUCAGCUGCUGACAUGUACAUCAAAGCAUUGAUCUGGAAAUCUUUUUGUAUUUUGAAAUACAUUAACGACUUGGCAUUUCACAGGUUGACAAUGUAUCCCUCUUCUUCUUUGAAACCCAAAUAUAAUUUCAUCUUUUAGUUUGGGAUGUUCUAGUUUGUCCAGUCAACGAUAGUUUAAAUUUAUAGUUUAUUCACAUUCCACUUGCAAAGGUAAACAUUCUAUUUGACAAACUUCAAACAUCCUGACCUUCUCUGACGCUCCAUUUCUAGGUACCAACAGAUAUUUUACCAGUGCAAAUUACACUGUAGUGGUCUUGAGUGGUUUUGUUUUAUAAAGACGGAGAGAUAGCAAAAGAUCAAUUAUAUUUUUUACUUCUUUUUUUUUUGUGGUAUAUAAUCUUAGCAAUCACUGGAUAAAGCUGAGUAUGAUCUGAAGAAAUAUGGAGAUGGAGGAGGGUCUUAUAAUAUUGGCCGAGGCCACAAGGCUGAGGCAUAUAUCACCCUCCAAGAUUUGCACAUUUCUUCAGAUCAUACGAAAGGCCAAUCCAAUAAUUAUUUUAUAAUUCCUAGUUUAAAAUCAAGCUAAAACAUGCUUACCUUGAUGGAUGUUAAGAUCCUGUCGUCAUUUGCCUGUUUUUGGGCAAGUUAAGGAUAUAUAGAGGAUAUUUCAUGGUCAUACGGAGACACAAAAUUUCUCUGCGAGUGUUAAAAAAUAUUUCACGAGUGAGUGGAGUUAACAUUAGUGAAAGCCUCAUGCAUUUUGCCCCAGAAAACUUUGAAAUUCCAAAGCCCUAAAAUGCGAUUUUCAGCAUUCUGGGGACUAAAUUUGAGGACGAAAGAGCAUGUUUUUUGGUUGAAGGGAAUGUAGCUUUCAUUUUAUCAGUCACACAAUCAAUUCCUAGAGGCACUGAACAAAUGAUGAAAAUUAAAUUAAGCACUUUUCCACGUAAAAAAAUUCUGCUUAAACCUAGAAAGAAACUUGUGAAAAAAUGACUGAAAUGUAGCGUUCACAAGACUAAAGCAUAACGUAAAACCAGUGGGCCUUUAUGAAAACACAUCAUAAUUACUUCUUCAUUCAGAUGUUAUGAUAUAUUUUUUGUUUACAACGUUAUUCAAACUAGUUACUUCUUCUUUCUAGAAAAAAGUAGCAGAUCUUUAUGAACAAAGUAACUGUCGGCUGUCGGUGCUUAUUGAAACUCCUGCAUCUCUAACUUCUUUAUUAUUCUUUAGUAUUGACAUCAUUUUCGGAUAUCGCUAACGUCUUCCAAAUUUGGUCAAUGCUACAACCAGUUGCAAAAAUAUUUGAGACAUUGUACUGGUACCUUAGUUUGGCUGAACUGACCUGCUUGUGAUUCCCCUCCUCCCCUUAUCAACUUUCAACAACUUCAACUUCAACUUUAUUCAUUCACUUUCAAUUUACAAUUACACGAUAGCUUCCUCCCGUGUAUAGGAGAGCCUAAUCAAGGCGGGGGAAGAGACACACAAAUUUAAAGAAAGAAAAGAAAAAAAGAACUAUUUUACAAACAGUACCAGCUGUCGCAAAAUAAAAACUAUAGUAUGUAUUAAGCUAAUUUGAUUGCAAUAUGAUUUACACGGAGAAUAUAAAUUUAGUUGUGUUCCUGAGCAAGUUAAAUUAAAGUUGAUGCAUGAUUUCAGUGAUUUCAAGAUAGUCAUCAGAUUUAGAUAAAAUUUCAAAGAGCUUAUUCCUUGUCUUUUUCCGAAAGGUAGAUUUUGGUAAGUUUCUCAUAUCUGAGGGUAAAGAAUUCCAGAUUUUUGGUCCAACUCUUAGAAAAGAACUACGCAUUUUUUCAAGCCUUGAGUGUUCGGUUUAGAAAUCAUCAUUGAGAGAAGAUCGGGUAGGAUAUGAGUGCACCUCAGAAAUCCUAGUUAAGGCUCUCUUGAUAUUUUCAGGUGCAGAAUUGUUAGCAACGUUCCACAUGAUACUGCAAAGACAAUCGAAGUAAAUAAAAGAUAGGGGAAAGACUUUUGAUUUUAAGAAAAAUGGUACAGCAUGUUGCUUAUAAUCCGUAAAGUAAAUCAGGCAAAUCUUAUCAAAGUUGCAAUCAAGGGGAGGAGGAAACUGAGUAUUCUAUCUCACAGGCCUGUGACUAGCAAGGAAGAAAGGUCGGUUUUUCCUCGGAGUGUCUCAACAUUGUUGCAACUAGUAAGUUGGAUAAAGCUAUUGGGAUUUGGGCCAAUCAGAAAAAGAGAAACACUGUGAAUGAAUAUAACAUGUGUACCCGUUAGCUGCAGUGAAAUUCACAGUUAAUUUUUGUAACCUUUUAAAGUGUGGUACUCUAGAAAAAAAAAAUCAUUUCUGUAAUUAACUAAUGGUGUUUAAAAAAGGCAAAGCAUCAGAUAUGAACUACAGCUCUGAGCCAGAAACUUUCAAACUUGCAAAUGUUUUGUUAGGGUCAUUUGCUUUGUUUUAUUAACGUUAACAAUUAAUUCUGUCUUAUUCCAGAAAAAGGUGACUACUGAAAUAUGGGCAUCUCUGCAAGCAUAGCACAUUCAUCAAGAAAGUACCGUACUAGAGAGGAACUACCACACUCCCAAAGGUCAAGACAUUCAGCCAGUGGUGGAAGAGAUGGAAAUGAAGAUGAUACAGCCAGUGUGUCAAGCUUCAGACCCUCAAGCCCACUAGCUCAUCAGGAUGCAAGAGCCUUUACUUUUAAUGGAACACACACAAAACCACGGGAGCUAAGAAGACAAGAUGUCAACCGACAUAGUUACUAUAGCAACAGGGAUUUUGGCAGUUAUCCAGGACACAAAGGCAGCUAUUAUGGGAGUAUGGAACGUGGUUCUUGGGCUGGAAGUGGUUCACGUUCUGCAUAUGGUACACCAAGAGGUGUAGGAUCUAGAGCUUUGGUUUCACAGAGUUCUUCUAGUUUCUCUACACCUGGUCGCACAAUGCGUGAUGUCAGAGAGUAUUUGAUCAGUAAUCCAGACUUACUAGCAGGUAAGAAGAGUAGGAAAGUUAGACAGCCUACGGAGAGUGAGUUGUAUGGUUUAUCAAACAGUAAUUACAAGCAAAUGAAGACUAAGCAGAAUGUUUAUAUGGGACUUAUAAACCCUCCAGUGAUCUAUGGAAUGGGAGCCAGACCAAAUGAUCGUGAUCGGCAACUCAGAGUCGACCAGAAGUUGUAUCUUAAUCUUGUGUAUCCAACUAUUAGAGCGAAGGAGUAUCACAACCAAGCAAUUAGGUCUCGUCCACCACUCAAACAUGAUGACAUGGUUGUGGUGAGAAGGGAUGACCAUUUGCGGCAGCCAAAUGGCUACGUUAGAAGGCCAUUACCACAAAUGCACGUAUCGAGACUUCAUGAAGCUCCCUUAGCGAGAACUUAUCCCGAGUCUAUUUAUGGUGACAGGGCACUCUCUGCUCCUUUGCCAAAGGGUAGAGGUCGCCCACCAACAUCAAGCAAAGGUAUUCCCAAAAGAGGAAGUAAUGACUAUAUUGAUUUACCACAUAUUACUGAGGAACCGCACACAAGUCGGUCUGUUAAAAGUGAGAGGCAAGUCCCUCAAUUCAGGCAUAUGAAUGGUCACGUUAAUCAUGACCAACCAAUGCAAAAGACUGCAACACAAAAGACUGCAAGAGGAGUUAAUGAUGAUGAUGAGGUGGUUUUUACAUUCAAUGUGGAUGAUCUAGAACUGAGGAAAAAGUCUAGCAAGGAAAGAGAACAAGUUGUACCUCUUUACUUCAGGAAAUCUCUGGCUUAUAGCCCUAAGUAUGAAUACAGUGAAGACCUUUUGUCAAGUCCAUUGUAAAGAUAAAGACCUUGUGUAUUUAUAAUAAUAACCAUGCUUAACUGUAACAGUUGACAGCAUGUAAGAAGAUCGCAAAUUGGGGCAAAAAUGAAACGUUUUAUCAUACAUGAAAAUUUACCUCUCACCAUGCUGACAUUGCUAUUACAGACACCCCAAUAAUGCCAACAACAGCUGAAUCCCUUCGAAGAUCAUUAACAAAAAUUAAUAACGUUUGACUGAAAUUCAAUGUACACUCCUGCUAUUAUUAGCCUACAUGUAGGUAUCAAACGUAAUAUAACUCUGAGUAACAUCUGUGAAGCAGCGCCAAGAUCCAUGUUGUCAGCCACCAAUGGCUUCAACAGAUUAUCAGAAGUGCAUUUCAAAUUUUCCUUCAACCCGAUUUGCAAAUGAACAAUGUUUUUUUUAACAAGCCCAUCAAGUGGCUUACUCAAAUCCCGGGAAAUAAGUGACGGCCCAGAACAAGAAUUUCAGCUCUGUUUUGCAGACUUAACCAGAGGUUUUUAAUUUAGCACAGGGCUGUAGCUAUUAUAGGACACUACAGCUGUAGGCCAUGGUUCUGAGGGUAUUUACAAUAACAGGAGUUGAUUGUUCGAUAUUUAAAAUUCUCAAAUGGUCAAAACAUACAUUUUACAUUUGUCCAUGUCGCCUUCUAUUUUGGUUACUAUCUUGUUAAUUUAAUUGACCACUAUGACAGUAAUUAUUCUUAUACACUGUAGUGCAUAGAGUUUAGCAAUCUAUCAUUAUUUUUCAAAAUCUUAUAUCACAAAUGUACAAAAUUAUGGUGUUCAUAAAUGUUUAAUGUUUGUAAGUUUUUAUACAGAGCUUAUUGGUACAGUAUCACGACUCGGUUCAGUUAAUUUCUUGUACUUUCGACUGAAGUAACAAUGCUCAUGUAAAAAGAGGAAAGCACCCCACUCUUUUGCUUAUUUAUUUACAAAAAAGUGUUUUUAAAAUGUUUUAUGACUCCCAUGUUCCUCUCCACUAUAAGUUAUAACAGCCUCCCACCUAAAUUGUAGUGUCCAUGCAUGGUUAGGCUAUGUCAUGCUAUUUGCUGUCUUUAUAAACAGUCAAGACUUUCCUUUAUGUGCAUUAUCUGCCAAAAUCUGGAAGAAAAACGAGGAAAGUGCUUCCUAGGUGAGGUGCAUUCCUCUAAUGAAGAUGUGAAUGAGUGUUUGGGCAUUGUCUUAUUGGAGGGAACAUUACUAUCAUCAAUGACAGCAUUAAAUUUUGCCAUUCUUGUUAUAAUAACUAUUAAUGUACAAAGAUGCCACACGAAAAGAAGUUAUUAUUCCAAAGGUUAAAUUAUCAGUACACAACUUUAAAGAACACAGAAUGAUUUUAGGGAAAGUAAUAAUUUUUGUAACUUAGUAACUAGGUAGAACAUAGAUUUUAAUGAUGAAUACCCAUGCGUUUGAACAUAAUUUACAAUAACGAACAAAAUCCGUACAAUGCAUACAACUAUAAUUAUUGUUUAAUAGUGUUAUGGCCUUCAUUCACAUGUCUGUGAACAAGCUAUAGUUCACCAUGUGCUUGCAUUCUUGUACCCUACGAGCAGUGGUUUCUCCAGGCCGGGACGCUUCGUAUCCGGCCUGGAGAAAGCACUGCUCAUAGGGUAGCAUUCUUGAGCUAUGCAAAAUUAUGGCUUUUUUGUUGUCUAGUAGGAAUAAUGCAAUACUCUGUUUUGUAUGUUUGUUCCUCUGUUGCGGUCUUUGCAGUACAGCGGUAAUAUAAAGUACACUUGUAGUAUUUUUGUGAAAUAACAUAGUGCUUUUACCAGAUUUAUGUUCUUCAUGUGUCUCAUAUCCUGCGAGAGAGUACAGUAGAGUGAAAAGAAAAUCAUCGCACAGUUGAAUCCUGUUACAGUGGAACUUCGAUAUAAAGAAGGGAAGGGGCUGUAACAAGGUUUUGUCAUAUCAAGUCCUUUUUCAUAUAUUUUACUAUCACGCUCGUUAUAUAGAUGCUUGUUAUAUCAAGGUUCCACUGUAAUAUGGGUUCUUAGGGGACAGUAGAAAGCCUCUGCACUGACAGGGUGUCCAUGUUUAAGUCAAAAGUUCAUCUUCAUUUUAAAACAAAAUACUGGUCAUCUCCCACUUACACAAAGCCGUUUUUCUGUGGUUUAUGUCAGUGGACACAAGUUCACAAGUCACUUAUCUGUACAUAACUUAAUCAAAAACUGUCUUCUGC